GUUCAUAUAAGCAGAGUGACUGUAAGUCGGCUUUUAAUGCUGGGCUUCUUGCUGCGAUCAUCAAUGCAACCAUUGGUAUUUUAAUUACGACUUAUUUCGUACUAGUGAUAAUCUCAUACAGAAAUUUACGUGCAAAACAAGAAGCGACGGAUGAACAAUCGACAAAUCAAGUUACUUAA